UUUUACCUGCAGACCGUCUGAUCAGAGGGGGAGCAGAUGGGAGUAUAUUUGAUCACACUCAUGAUUAUUAGCAUUUUUCCAUCAAGUCACGCGUGUACAUGGCUCAUCAUGUGAGGAUAGCAGUUAUCUGAGUGGGACAUGGAUGACCUGGAUGGCUACUGGUUGUCUCUGCAUGCGGCAGCAGAAGUCAACGCAAGCUGGACGGAGGGUGUAGAGCUGUCCGGGCGGACCCAGCUGGUCCUGGAGAUCCUCAUGGUGCUGAUGUGUUUGGGCGCUGUGACAGGUAAUAUUCUUGUCAUUGUUAUUGUGGCUGCAACCAAGACUUUCCACUCGGUGACAUCAGUGCUGAUCAUGAACCUGGCCAUCAGCGACCUCCUGGUGGGCGUCGGAGUGAUGCCUUUUGUUGCUUUGUCCAUCAUGAACCGUGGAUGGGUGGAUUGUACUGACCUCUGUUUGUACGUGGGUUACACCUCCUCUGUGUACUGUACAGCUUCUGUACUAACAUUAGCUGCUAUUGCCCUCGACCGCUACCACUCCAUCAUGGACUGCCUGCGUUACAGCUCCCGCUGCACAGUGUGGAGGACCUGUGCUGUGGUCCUGUGGAUCUGGCUGCAGGCUCUGGCCACCAGUUGCCCUCCUCUGCUGGGCUGGAGCUCCAUCAGCUAUGUGGUUCCCAUGUUCAGCUGUGCAGUCAACUGGGCCAGCAGUCCCAGCUACACGGCCUUCAUGGCGGCCCUCUCCUACCUCAUACCGGCAGUGGUCAUCCUCUUCUGCUACAUGAACAUUGUCAAGGUGGCCCGCAGCCAUGCCAGGAGGAUUCAUACAUUGGAGGACUCUGUCCAGCGCAGCAGGAAUCCAAGCUCUGCCUUCGCUGCUGGUGAUUCAUCUCAGCAGCUCUGUGGGAGCCUCCAUAGCCCCUCGAAGCUGAUCUAUCAUGUAAGUGGACAGUUUGUGUCUGAGGUCAGUAGAGAGCAGGGGGAUUAUAUCAGCCCUGCUCUCCCUGAUUCUGCUACAGAGCAGAAUAACCCUACAUCUAGACGUUUGUUCUCCUUCCUGGCUCAGAGUGCCUCCCAGCCACCCCUGCAGAACUCCCAGCAGCACCUUAACCACCAUGGAGUGGUGCGUCUCUUCCUGGUCAUCUCAGCCUUCUUCCUCUGCUGGACACCUUACAUAGGUGUGGCCCUGGUUCAGGCUACAGAGACUGCAAUCUCAGGCCAAUCCAGCCUCGUCCCACCCUCUGCUGUUACCUUUUCGUACUGGCUGGUGUUGCUGAACUCUGACAUCAAUCCACUACUGUACGCUCUGCUUAGCAAGCGUUUCCAGGGCGCUCUGCAGGGACUGAGGCAAAAAAUAAGAGCACGCCUGGGGAGUGUGGUGGGCCGGGGAGGGGAGGUCAGGGCAGAGGGAGAUGACGGCAGGAACAGUGACCCCUGCACUCUGACCACCACCCAUCCUGGUACACCUUCCAUCUCUGAGACAUCAACCUGUGAUAACUCCAAGUAUUCCUCCUCCAUUUUUACUGUUAGCACUGACUUCAAACAUCAUUCUGAGGAUCUAUGCAAAGUGUGUCACCAUGAAAAAACCUCCCCGUCCUGCUCCCUGUGGCAAGAUGCUGCUGCUGGUGGCGAUAGGGCGGCCUGCCUGCAGGUCCCCUCUCGGCCACAAGAGGGCAGCAGAUUACCUUUCUCUGCUCUGACCAAUGAGCGUCAGGCCACUUUCUUCUACGGCCAGAUAACAGUGAGAGUAGAGCAUGAUGUUUGUUAGUCUGAUUUCUGCAGAUGCUGUUGCAGAAAAAUUCUCACCUGUGGCAUUUAGACUAGGACUGCAGCUAACACUUCAUUAUCGAUUAAUUUCAGUUAUUUUCUCAAUUAACUGAUUAAUCAUUUGGUCCAUAAAAUAGUACAAAAAAAUGUCCAUCAUAAGCCCAAGUUGGCAUAUUCAUUGUGCUUGUUUUGUCCAACCAACCCAAGUAUAUUUACUUUCAUAUCAUAGAGGACCAGCAAAUAUUCACUGCGUAAGAAGCUGGAAUCAGUGAUAUUUUGGCAUUUUUGCUAAUAAAAAUGACUUGAAUGAUUUAUUGAAUAUGAAAGUAGUUGCCUGUCAUUGACUAAUUGAUUAAUCAAUCAUUACAGCUGUAAAAAUAACUUGGCAUAUUCAAAUGUCUUGUGUUGUCCAACCAACAGUCCAAAAUAUUCAGUUUACUAUCAUAAAAGGCAAGGAAAAGCUGCAAAUCCUCACAUGUGAGAAGCUGAA